AUGGACACAAGUGAUUCUUCAGAUGAUGAAAAAGAUUUAGUUGGAGGCAAAAAAUCAAAAUUAAAAAUUGUUGAUGUAGCUGAAAAUGAUGCAGAUUCAUCACCUGAAGAAAAAGAUAUAAAAGAACCAGUUAAAGUUUCCGUUAAAAAGAAUCGAAAGAAGAAAUCAGCUGAUACUAAACGUAAACAAAAUCGACCAAGAACAACAAGUACGAGUGACAAACAACGAAAGAAAACUGCUCAUACAGGUUUAAAUGGAAAUUAUUGGAAUGUUGUUCAAAUCGAUCGUCAUGCUCAUACAACAACAUCUAAUCGAAAUCAAUUCAAGGAUGAUGAUGAUGAAGAUGAUGAUACAACAUCAUUAUCAGAAAGAGCAGCUAAUGAAAAACUUGAAACAUUAUUAACAUCAACAUCAUCAUCAUCAUCAAAUGAUUUACGAACACUUUUAUAUUCAAAUAGAACAUUUAUAACAUGUCGAAGUCCAGCUGAUUCAUUUUUUCUUUGUCAAGUUUUACAAGAUGUUUUUAAUGAUGCAAAGAAAAUUCGUAUUCGUUGGUGUUCAUUAGCUGAUGAAAAUGGUGAUGAAACAAACGUUGAUGAAAAUACACGUUUUAAAUUAGAUUAUGAAGAUACACUUGAUCUAAAUACUAUAUUAACUGGUAUAGGAAAUGUUAUUCGUCAUUCAGAUAAAACAAUAUCAUUAAAAAAACAAGAUAUUAUUGAAACAAAACGUUUAUUAGAAAAAUCAAUUAAAGGUGAAACUAUUUCAUCGGAUGAACCAAUGGAUUUAACAAAAGACAAUAAUAAUAAAACGUUUGAAUCAAUUAAACCCGAUUCAAGUGAUGAUGAUAGUUUAGCUAUUAAACCAACGACAACAACAACAACCACUACAAAAGCAAAAAAACGAAAAAUUUCUUCGGAUAGUUUACGUAAACAACCACUUAAGAAACGAAUAAGAAAAAUUAGUGGUGAAGCUGCUCCCAUAAAAAAACGACGACGAACAAAAGAUAUUAUUGAAAUAACCGCAGGUGAAAAACCAACUAAAAAAACAGCAACAAAACCUAUUACAACAACAAAAGCACAAUUAUUUAAAGUACAAAGUAAUCGUUUAUUGAAAGAAAAUUUAGAUAUAAUUAAUUAUCGAACUGAUCCAUUUUUCGAAGAUAAUUUACCCUUACCUUUUAUUUCUUCCAUCGUACACAGUAAAUUAUCUAUUCGAGCUGUACUUAUUAAUGAUUCAAAAUUAUUGAAAAGUUUAAUUGAUGAUGUUGAUCGUGUUUGUUCGGUACAUGUAAAACGCAGUCUUCAUAAUGAUUUAACAGCUAUUCACUAUGCAAUUAAAAAUGAUAAUAUUGAAAUGAUUAAAAUUUUAAUUGAAGAUUUAAAAACACCGAAAAAAGAUCGAUGUCCUUUUCCAACAGUUACAAUGACAACACAAAGCACUGGAAGAGCAAAUACUUAUACAUUUGGUUUUCGAACUGCUCAAAUCAUGGCAGGUCGAGGUGUUAAAGAAGGCAAUAAUGCAUUAAAUAAAGAUCCAAUGACAGCAUAUACAAUACAUAAUGGUAAUGAAAUAAUUGAAUAUGCAAUAAAAAAUAAUUGUUCACGACAAAUCUAUGAUUUACUUUUCGAAGCAUUUCCUCAUUCACAUCGUCAUAUUUAUGACAAAAUUUUUCAAAUUGUUCGUUCUGGUUAUCGAAAAUUAGCUGCAAGUAUUAUAGGUGAUAUAAAAGAUAAUGCUUUUUAUGGAUUUAAUAAUCUUCAUCAUCAAGUUUUACUCUUUGAUAAUGAAGAUUUAACAAUAAAUCGUGCAGCAAGUGUUACUAAAAAAGCAAGAGAUAAUUUUCAUUUAACACCCAUACAUUGUGCAGCGAUUAAUCCAAAUUCAAAAUAUUUAAAACAAUUAUUAAAUAUUGCGCCUGAAUAUAAUAUUCUUGAUAAAUAUGAACGACGACCAAUACAUUUUGCUGCUGCAUGUGAAGGACCAGAACCACUUGAAUAUCUUUUAUCAAAACAAGUUAAUUUUAAUGAUGUUGAUCGUGGUGGUAAUUCUCCUUUACAUAUUGCUGUAAUGAAUGGUCGAGCAAUAAAUGCUGAAAUUGUUUUACGUACAGCAAAAGAAAAAGCUGAAUCAAAUGAUCCUGAAGAUCAAAUAGUUCAUCAAAAAUUUGGUCUUGCAUCAAUUAAUCGUAUGAAUAAAUCACGAUUUUAUCCACUUCAUUUAGCUGUACUUAAUGAUCAUUUGGAAUGUGUCAAAGUUUUACUUGAAUUUGGUGCUAAUGUUGAUGUAUUAACAAGUACAUCAUCAGGAAAAUUAACAUCAUUAAUGUUAGCAUGUCAAAAAGGUUAUUUUAAAAUAGUUAAAUAUUUAAUUGAAAAUGGUGCAAGAGUUGAAGCUCGUGAUCGUUUUAAACGUACACCACUUAUUCAUGCUUGUAUGUGUGGUAAUGCACAUAUUGUUUCAUAUUUAUUACGUAUGGGUGGAAAUGCUAAUGUAUUUGAUUCAUCAUUAAAUACAGCAUUACAUUAUGCUAUUGCUUAUGGAUGGUAUUUUUGUGUACGUUUAUUAAUUGAAGCUGGUGCAAAUGUUAAUUGUGUUAAUUCAUGGCAAACAACUUGUUUAGCAGCAGGAUUUUUAAAAGGACAUUAUGGACUUUGUGAUUAUCUUCUUACUGAACAUCAUGUUGAUAUUAAUUUUAAAACUGAUGAUGGUUUAACAUUAGUUAUGUUAAGUGUCGGUUUAGAAAUAUCAUUGUCAUCACAACAACAAUUAGAUUAUGUUGUAACAAAACAUAAUGCUGAUUGUACAUGUGUUGAUGCAACAGGAAGCAAUGCUUUUCAUUAUUUGGCAAGUAAUACAUCAGGACAAAGAUCACACUAUAUGAAUGUUGAAGCUAAAAAUACUCUUCGUGAUAAUUUUUUCAAAAUGGCUCAAAUACUUCUUGAUCAUAAAUGUGAUCCAAAUAAAAUGAAUAACAAAGUUCAAUCACCUCUAAUGAUUGCACUUGAAUCAGGAAAUUUUAUUCUUGUCGAUUAUUUAAUAAAUAUUGCUAAAAUUGAAAUAAAUGCUGAUAUAAGUCAUGAUGGAAAAACUUUAUUACAUUAUUUUGCAAUUCAAUGUAAUGAAUAUGAUCUUAUUCAAAAAUUAAUUAAACUUCCAUUCAAUGAUCAAAUUAAAAAAAUGGGUCAAAUGUUUGAUGAUACAGGUCGAACGCCAUUUCAUUAUUGUGCUUCAAAAUUUAAUGAAUUUUGUCAACAAAAUAAAUCUUCACAAGGUACAGAUCAAUUAAAACAACAAUAUCAAUCAAUUUUGGAAAUGAUUGAAUAUUGUCUUGAAUCUGUUCAAUGUGAUCCAGAUGUUGAAAUAAAACAAAUUAAUGAAUUGAAUAAAUCUGAAAAUGAACAAGAUAUAGAUGAUGAAAAUGAUAAAGAUGAACAAACAAAUGAAAAUAUUCAACCUAUGGAUGAUACUAAUGAUGAAGAAAUUAUUUCUAAACCAAAAGAAACAAGUAUUUUUUCUUUAUUAAGUACUGUUCAAUUUAUUGAUAAUACAAUAAAACAUCCUUUGGAAAUAUUUCUUAAAAAAUCCAAAAAUCUAAAUGUUCUUCAUCAUGAAACACAACGUACACCAUUACUUCAAGCAAUUUUUCUUCAAGAAUAUCAAACAGUACAUAUGCUUAUAAAUGAAUCAUCAUGUGAUAUUAAUUUAGCAACAUCAAUUCUUUCAAAUGAACGUCAACAAACACCAUUAAUUUUUGCAUGUAAAUUACAAUUAUUACGAAUUAUACGAGAAUUAUUAAAUCAUAAACAAUGUCAUAUAUUAACAUAUGAUUAUCAAUAUAAUCAAGCAAUACAUUAUUAUUUAUCAACAUCAAAACGUUCAAAUCAAUAUAUAGAUAUAUUAAAUUUAUUUAUAGAUAAAAUUAAAUUAACAAAUAAUAAUUUAAAUAUUCAAGGAAAAUCUGAACGUACACCAUUACAUAUAGCUGUUUAUCAUAAUACAGGUGCAAUUGAUUCUACAACUGAUGUUGAAGAUAUAUUAAUUGAUAAUGGAAGUGAUUUAUUAAUAAAAGAUAAAUUAGGAAAUAUGCCAUUACAUAAUGUUUUCAUUAAUAAAAAUGUUGGUGAUGAUCCUGUAGAAUUAUGUGUUUUAAUUUCUAAAGCAAUGAAAUAUAAAUUACUUGAUACAGAAAAUAAUGAAGGAAAUACACCUUUACAUUUAGCUGUUGCUAAAUGUUCUACUGUUUGUGUAAUGCUUUUACAACAACAUUCUGCCAGUUUAUUUAUUGAAAAUAAACUCUCGAAUUCAAUAAUUGGUACUUGUAUUGGAUUGGGUCAUCUCAAUUUAUUUAUAACCUUUCUUCAACAAUCUAUUGAUAUUGAUCUUGGAAAAUUAUAUACAUUACCUAUCAGUAAUUCAUCAUCAAACAGUACCAAAGAGACAUCUCAAUAUACAGGUUUAUUUGCUCAAGCAGCCGUCAAGGGACGAACACAAUUAAUUACUCUUGGUAAUCAUCAACAAUCGAUAUCUGUUGAACAAAAAGACAAAUCAUUAUCAAAAAAAGAUCAUAUAGAUAUAUGGCGUUGGAAAUAUGUUGAUAUAAAAAUUGAAAAACAAUAUAUUCAACAUUCAUCAAUAUAUUUAAUAAUUGAACGUGAUUGGCAAGGUGCAUUAUCAUUAAUAUUAAAUGAAGUUGAACGUUUUCAUUUAAGUAUAAUACAAAUUCUUGAAGCAGCUAUUUUAAAUAAUAAACUUAAUCUUGUUCUACGACUUUUAUCACGUAUAAAAGAAAAAAAUCUUUUACAUGAAAAAAAUUCUCAAGAGCAAAAUUUAUUUCAUUUAUUAGCUAAUAUGAAUCAAUAUGAUGAAAAUUUAUUAAAACAAAUACUUUUACAAAUUCAUGAAUAUCAUUUAGAAUGGAAUAUAGCAGAUAAAUAUGGUUCAUAUCCAAUACAUUAUGCAUGUGUUAAACAAAAUUUUAUUUUAAUUAAUUUCUUACGUGAAAAAUAUUUAAAUGAAUUUAGUUUAAAUCAAAUUGAUUCAUUUGAUAAUACACCUAUUGGUUUAUUAUUUUGGACAAUAGGUUCAGAAACAUCAUUUAAAAAUGAACAAAUCUGUUCAUUAAUAACAUCACGUAAACAAUUAGAUUGUUUAUGUAAUUAUGAUAAUGAAAUAGCUAUGAAUCCAUUAUCAUUCGGUUAUAUUGAUUCAUCAAUUGAAAAAAAUCUUUAUCCACCUAUAAAAUCUGAUAAUCCUUCAACAAAUGUACGAACAUCACCAUUAAUUAAUGCAAUUAUUCAUAAUAAUUUUAAACUUGUUAAAUUUUUACUUGACCUUAAUGCUGAUGUUAAUUUUCCUGAUGAAGAAAAACGAACACCACUUAUGCAUGCUGUUCGUCAGAAUAAUAUUGAUAUUGUUAAAUUACUUCUCAAUAAAGAUUAUACACCAACAGAAAAUGAUGAAACAUUAUUAAAUUCUCAACGUGCUGGCAAAGGAGGACGUGGUCUAGGUCGAAUAAAGCGAGCACCUCAAAAAUUCUUUCUUGGUGCAACAACAACAACAACAAUUUCUUCUGAUAUUGCGAAUGAAACAUCUCAUGAUGAUAAUGAAACAGAUAAAUUUGAAGUAACAUCAUCAAUUGAUUUAAAUGCAAAAGAUUCUCUUGGUCGUACAUGUAUUCAUCAUUUAGUUCAACCAUUUCCUGAUGGUACUUAUACAAGUAAUAUUGAAUUACUUCGAUUACUUCAUUCAUCAGGUGCAUCAUUAACAAAACAUGAUCUUGCUGGUUUAUCACCAUUACAAUAUGGUGCUAUUAAUGGUUGUCAACAUGUAUGUGAUGAAUUAACAAAAUUAAUCAAUGAUCAAAAAAAUUCAACUCAAGCAACAAUUGAACGUUUUUAUAUAAAUGAUCCAAAUAAAAAUCUAUUAGAUCCACUAGAUUUUUAUUCUGAUGCACAACAAUAUAUUGAUAAAUAUAUAUCUAAACGUCCAUUACAUAAACAAAAUACUGCUUAUGAAGUUGAUAGAUUAUCUGGUAUGAAUGUAACAGGUGAAGUUUUAAUUGAUACUGAUAAAAAUGAACCAUAUGAUGUACGUCUUACAAAAACAGAUGUUAAUUAUGGUAUAAAUGGUUUAUAUAAUUUUUAUCGCAUGCAAAUAAUAAAACAUAAAAGUAAAAAUAAUUUAUAUUUUCUUUUUACACGUUGGGGACGUAUUGGUGAUGAUGGUCAAUAUCAAUUAACACCAUAUUCAACAUUAGAUGAAUGUCGUAAAGAAUUUUUAAAAGUAUUUCGUGAAAAAACUGGUAAUGCAUGGAAAGAUACAGAUCAAUUUGAAAUUAAACCUAAAAAAUAUACAUUAAUUAAAUUAAAUGAACGUGAUAGAUAUAAAUAUUCAACUGUACCUAUUAAUUUUAAUCGUUUACAAUCGGAACAAAUACAUCCACCAUCGAAACUUCAAUCAUUAGUAUUUAAAAAUUUUCUUAGAACAUUAAUUAAUCGUCAAGCUAUUCGAAUGAAUAUUGAUAAAACACAAUUAGAUAUUGAAUGGAUGCCUGUAUCACAAUUAAAUCGUGAUACAUUACAAAAAGCACGUGAUUUAUUAAUAAAAAUAAAACAAAAUCUUGAAAAAAAACAAGAAUUAAAUUUAGAAAUGCAACGUACAAAAUCAAUUGAACAACAAAAUGAAAUAAAAUCAAUUUUAGAAAUAAUUUAUAAAUAUACAAAUGAAUAUUAUUCAAUAAUACCAUUACGUGGUUAUGCUGAUGAAAAAUUACCAAUUAUUGAUAGCGAACAAAUCUUAAGAAAACAAGAAAAAAUUAUUUAUGAUUUACUUGAACUUGAAUUAUCAUAUAAAAUGUUUUUAGGUGCACAAGUUAAUUUAAAAAAUAUUUCACCAUUAGAUUAUUUAUAUAAAUCAAUGAAUUGUCAAUUUGAAGCUAUGAAUAAAGAUGAUAUUGAUUCACAAUUAAUUUUACGCUAUAUAUGGGCUAGUACAACAAAUAUUAAAGUUGAACAAAUAUUUAAAAUUGCACGUCCAAAUGAAGAUGAACGAUUAUUUAAAUCUAAUCUUGAUAAUCAUUAUUUAUUAUGGCAUGGUACUAGUAUUUGUAAUUUAAUUAGUAUUCUUACUAGAGGGCUUCUUGUUGGACCUUUGGAUGCAACAACAACUGGGAGCUUAUUUGGAAAGGGCAUUUAUACAGCAGACACAUUUGAAAAAAGUCUUAAUUAUUGUUCAGGUAUAACGCAGAAUGAUGGUGAACGUUGUUUUAUGAUAUUGUGUGAAGUUGCUUUGGGUAAGAUAAAAGAAGUUGGUUUAAAUCAUAUUUAUAACGAUGACGAUACCAAAGAACUUGAUUUAAGUCAAUUUCAAAGUCGUAAAGGUGUUGGUCGAAAUAUACCUGAUCCACGAUAUACAAUUACUCGAAAUUAUGGUGUGCGUAUGCCACUUGGUAAAUUAAUUAACAACACAGAAUUAAAAUCUACUUUUGGUGGUCUUAAUUAUAAUGAAUAUAUUGUCUACGAUGAAUCACAAGUAGCUCUACGUUAUCUUGUGCAAUUUUGUCGUUAA